GUCCGGUAGUACAGAGGGCCCGGUCGGUACUCUGCUCCGUCAGUCAAACAAUCCACUCGAUUAAAGCAUCGGACAAACGUUAAACCGUGUUGAGAGCGGCGGCGACGGCAACGGCGACGGCGGUCCCUUGGUGAAACACUCUGACAGAGCAGGAGCCGUUUGGAGAGGAAGAAUGGCGGAUUCGAGCAGCACCGCAGCAGUCGGGGCCGCAGGCUCCAACAGCGCUGCUGCUGCCGGGGCGACUGGCACUGUUGCGCAUGAUGGAGCGCCCGGAGCAGCGGGAUCCAAGACCGGUUCCGAGUCCGUGAAGGGCCAGAUAUUCGAUGUGGGCCCCCGUUACACGAACCUGUCUUACAUCGGGGAGGGGGCGUACGGAAUGGUGUGCUCUGCCAUGGACAACAUGACGAGCCAGCGUGUUGCCAUCAAGAAAAUCAGCCCUUUUGAGCACCAGACAUACUGCCAGCGCACACUGAGGGAAAUCAAGAUCCUGCUGCGUUUCCACCAUGAGAAUAUCAUCGGCAUCAACGACAUUCUCAGGGCACGGCACAUUGACAACAUGAGGGAUGUCUACAUCGUGCAGACUCUGAUGGAGACGGACCUGUACAAGCUGCUGAAGAGCCAGAGACUGAGCAACGACCAUGUCUGCUACUUCCUCUACCAGAUCCUGCGAGGCCUCAAGUACAUUCACUCAGCCAAUGUGUUGCACCGUGACCUCAAACCCUCCAACCUGCUCAUCAACACCACCUGCGACCUCAAGAUCUGCGACUUUGGCCUGGCACGGAUAGCCGACCCCGAGCACGACCACACAGGUUUCUUGACUGAGUACGUGGCUACACGUUGGUACAGGGCUCCAGAAAUCAUGCUCAACUCAAAGGGCUACUCUAAGUCCAUCGACAUCUGGUCAGUGGGCUGCAUCUUGGCUGAGAUGUUGUCCAACAAGCCUAUCUUCCCUGGGAAACACUACUUGGACCAGCUCAACCACAUACUGGGCGUCCUUGGCUCUCCAUCUCAAGAAGAUCUGAACUGCAUCAUCAACAUGAAGGCGAGGAAUUACCUGCAGUCCCUGCCUGAAAAACCCAAGAUCCCCUGGGAGAAGCUCUUCUACAAGGCGGACUCUAAAGCUCUGGACCUGCUGGGCCGCAUGUUGACCUUUAACCCCAUCAAGCGUAUCAGCGUUGAGGAGGCCCUGGCUCAUCCCUACCUGGAGCAGUACUACGAUCCCACAGAUGAGCCAGUUGCAGAGGAGCCCUUCACCUUCUCCAUGGAGCUGGACGACCUUCCCAAGGAGAAGCUGAAGGAACUGAUCUUUGAGGAAACGGCUCGUUUCCAGGAAACCUACCAGGGCUCCUGAGACACACAGCCCUAAAGAGUGACAAAGCCACGCAGAGGCUCGGAACAAGAAGACUCCAAAUGACAUGCUAAAACAAAAAGAAAAAGGAAUCUUCAAGAAACCAACAAAAAGAGAAAACAAGAAAUAUGAACAUUUAACUGCUUAUCUUUCCAUUUCUACUGCAAGAGAGAGCUAAGUUUAACUUUGAUUUCUGUGGUUGGGUGGGGUGGUAGGGUCUGUCGUACUCAUACUGUUUCAGUUUUGUCCAUGUUGGACUCUCCCUCCUCUCGCCUCACGUUUGCCUCCAGUCAAAUGUCCCGACUCCCACUGUCCCAUCUGCCGUAACUCACUGCUCCUCUCCUCUCCUCUCCUCUCCUCUCCUCUCUUCUCUUCUCCUUUCCUCUCCUCUCCUCUCCUCUCUUCUCUUCUCUUCUCCUUUCCUCUCCUCUCCUCUCCUCUCCUCUCCUUUCCUCUCCUCUCCUCAUCACACUCCUUUGUUCAUCUCUCCUGCUCCUGUCGCUGAUCUGUCUGUCGCUCCCUCUCAUAUAAACACAUACUACUGUAUUAACCAACACCAUAACUCUCUUGUCUUGCUCCAUGUAAAUUACAACCUGGAAAAAUUGAGGGCUAAAAGAACGGGGAUGUUAAUCGGGUGUGUGUAUGUAUAUACAAAAAUAUAAAAGCUUUUUUUUUUUCUUUUUUCUUUUUUUUUCUUUUUAAGUGUGCUUGUUGCAGUUUUCGUUUGUAUACUGUUGUUUGAGUGUUUUCGAAUCAGUUCAGAGUCGUAUUUGUAUGUUUUGGGGUUUAUAUUUGCAAGUCAUUUUUGAACUCUUGAUUUUGAGACAAACAUUCAGUGUUUUUACUGGCAUGUUGGCAGGUUUAUAGAUUUCUUUGUUGUCGCUUUUUUUUUUUUUUUUUCUUACAAAAAACAAAAACAAAAAAACAACCGCGUAUGAUGUUCAUAUGAAUGCAUGCAUUCCUGAAAUUUACCAAAGUGGCAGAGAGAUGCAAGGACCUUGGCUGGGGAGCAACUAAGGAAUAUCAGUUUUUACCUUAACUACAUUGAUCUGCAACUCGUAUCAGGGGCAGACAAACUGAACUGAACAAAACCGUUAUAUUCAGGAGGCGCUGCAUGUUCAGAGCAAAUCACACCGAAGCAGAGAGCAUAAAAUAGAUUCCAUGAUUGCCUGUUCAGUCAGAUUUCUUUCACCUGUGAUGCCUAAGCCCCAUUUUCCAGAACGUUCAUGUGUUCUUACUGCAGUCCUCUCCAACAGCUCACAAAUUAGCACCGUGGAGGCUUGAAACGCCAAACACGUGAUGCUCAGUGUCCACCUCAGUUAACAGAAGUUCUGUAGUGAAAGAAAUGCCACCAGAACAUUGAUGUAAGCCACUGGUAUAACAAUAUUAUAUUGUCCACAUUUGGCCCUGUAAAGUCACUUUUCUAUUAAAGACAACCAACAUCAAAUAACGUAUCCACCGUCAGCAUUACAUUCCUAUGUUAAAUUACAUUCCUGUAACAAAUACAUAGCAGCUGACUGGUGAACUAUUUGUCUCAUGACACCACUGAAGCCCUCUCUCUUCCUCGGCUCCUCUGAACCCUAAUUUUCACUGUAACCAUUUUUAGGGAACACCUUGUUCUGGAAAAUGGGGGGUGUAGUUGACAUCAGCCUUUCCAUCGCUCAGUGCUGUUUUUGGACUGUGUUCCUGUGUGCUGCUGUUUGAUCCAGGACGACCACAUGGAGUCAGAAGUGUUGGCAGGCUGAGACCUAAAGUGAUAGUGAAGGCCCAAAUCUGAAUAACUUAAUAUUCAUACAUUCAAACGGACGCAAUUUUCGGCAAGCAUUUUUAGAUUAUGGUUAUCUCGGCCUACAUACCUUUGUCACGGCGGACACUUGGACUUGUCUUAGCAGAGGGAAACGCAGUUUCCCAGUAAAUCAUGCCAGUGAUCCAGCACACUCACAGUAACAGGACCCUGACACUCGCUCACCUGAAUGGAAUGUCCUAAUUACUGAUGUUGUGAGUAACACCUGUGCUUCUCCUGCUGCGACACGCCGAAACGUCUGCCGUGGGAAAAAGUCCUGUCGAUUUAUGUGUGUGUUGAAUGUAACUGGCCUGAGUUUGAGAAGUCUGUCACUGCAGCUUGGCGUUCUCCGGUUUUGUUGCGAACAUUUACGAGAACAGCGCCUCCUGUAGGACUACUGCAAAAACAAAAACAGCUAAAACGGUCAAGAAUGUCCCAGAGGAGUGCUGUACUGUUAUUCCUGCUCAGUGCGCGGCCAAGCAACCAUCAGCACUUCAUGGUUGUACAGCAUAUAUCCCAGUUUGCCCCUCUCUGCCCAGUUUUCUUUUUUGCGCUCCUGUUCCCUCCUCCCUUUGCCUGUGUGUUUUGUGUGUGUUUUCCCAGCCGCCUGUUAACAUACUGGAUGUGUAUUUCUUUAAUGUGGGUGAUUAUAGUGCUGUUCCUCAGAGAUGGUUACUCGUGUGUCUUUGAGUGUGUGCACGUUAUAGGCUACUACUUCUGUGUGUUCAUUGUUCGCAUCAGUCGUCAGUGUCUGCUCCCUCCUCUCCUCUGUGACCACCCACCGACCUGUGGGUCCAGCUCAGUCACCAGCUCAGUCUGCACUAAUUUUUGCCUCUUGCACUGGGACCAGUAAGAGAAGCCCGCUCCCCUCCCUCCCUCCCAAAAUGGACCAACACAUGCAAAAUCAUCGGUUUGUUUGACAUGGUAGGCGGUUCUCUCUCAAGCCAUAGCCAGCACUGUGGGGUCAGUGUGAGGCUUUUUGGUGCAUGUGGUGACGCUCGUUUUGUUCACCCUCCCAACUCUCACCACGCUUUAACCAAAAGGGCUGCCCCCCCCCCCCCCCCCUUAUUUUUUCACACCUUUUUCUGCUUAUCUACUGUGAGACUGAUGAAGACCUUUUAAUAUCUCUGACUUUGCUGUCGCUUUCCUCCUCCCUCCUCAGAAAAUCAUGCCCCCCGCCCGUUGUCUCAGCUGAUUCCUAGAUCAUGGACGGUCAUACAAGCAGGAAAACUCGCUCCAAUCACACAACUCAAUCAGCACGCCAGCACUUUGUCUUUCCAGCCAUGCUCUGUCCCCUUCGAGGUUGUUAUUUUGGUCGGUCUUUCCCUCUCUGUCUCGUAUCCUGCUCGUCCAGCUUUAAGUUUCCCCUGCUGCGUGUGUUUAAGGCUCAUUGUCCGCAGUAAUUUAUGUCUGUGUAAAAGUGUUUCUGUAUCUGCUCAUGAGUAACAUAAAGCCAAGACUCUUUGUCGUCUGUGUGUGUGUGUGCGCGUGUGUGUGUGUGUGUUGGAAGUGUGUAUUGUUUCCUCACAGCUUGGGCCCUCUCCCUGCAGUUACCUGUGCUUUUACAUCUGUGUGACUGUUUUUCUUUCUCUUCUUUUUGACCAACAAAGAAAACAGUCACACAAAUAUUUUUUUUUCCCUCCGACCUGCCACCAAACCAAACAUCUCACUGGGUAACUAACCAUGGGAAUGAACCAAGAGGACCCCUUUUUUUGCAAUCCUCCUGAGACACACACACACACACACACACACACACACACACACACUUCUCUCUCGCUGAGGAGUGUAUCUGUGUGUUUGUGAAGUGUUGCACUUAAACACACCACAUACAUUCACACACAGUAUCGACAAGUCUAAAGGCCUGUCAGUCUGAGGCCUCUUUCCAGAUAUUGUUGUUUUUAAAUGGCUGUUCUUAUUAUUGCUAUUGUUGUUAUAUUGGUGAGUUGUUGUAUUUUUCUUUUUCUCUUCUUUCUUUCAUUCUUUUUUUUUCUUUUUUUUUUUUACAUAAAAGGGAGUUAUAGUUGUAUCAUUUUUUUAUUAUUAGGAUGUUUUUAUUUGUAUUUUUUUCUUCCUUAUUUCUCUUAUGGGUGAAUUAUUAUUGGCAGUGUUUUCAAUCUUUCUAAAAGUUAGGGUUUUUUUGUUUGUUUUUUCUUGUUUUUUUUGUAUUGUUUUUUGUUUUGUUUUUUAAUUUCCCCUCCAAGAUCUUAGAAGGAAUUAUUUUAAAAGAAGAUAUAAGUAGACUGUCAAAGAGAUAUGAGUUAUUGAGGGUUAUAGUCUGUAUAUUCUAUGGGUAUUAUGAAUUAAACGAUUAAUAAAGAAACAGAAUUAUAUACCUAUAAUUAAAUAAAAUUUCCUGAUACUGUUACAA